AAUGUCUAAAGUUUAUGAGAGUGUUAAUAACUAAAACUAAAUCUAGGAAGCAGAAAAGAACUUUGAUUAAGUUUAUAUGCAUGAGAAACCAUAUACAGGUAAGGCACCUGUUAAAGGUACUUAUAAAGACAGUGCAAUGACAUUAAUUAAAGGAUAUGUAGGAUCAGGAAUAUUGGCAAUGCCAUUCAGUUUUUAUGUUGGAGGUUGGCUUUUAUCAAUUUUCAUCUUCUUAAUAAGUGCUUAUAUGCUAAUAUUAUGUGUUCAUUACCUAAUUGAAGUAGCAAAUGCAGAAAACAAAGAAGAUUAAGGUCUCACAGAAGUGGCUGAAGUUACAUAUGGUGAGAAAGGAAAACAAGUAACAAAAGUCAUUUUAAUUGCCUAUUAAUUAGGAAAAGCUGUGGCAUAUUUGAUAUUCUUUAUCUCCUUCUUUGCCCAUAUAUUUUCUAAUGCUGAUAGUUAAUCUGGAGCAGGUAAUUGGAUAUAUCUAAUAAUGGCAUUCUGUAUUGUGCUUCCUCUCUCUUUUAUUGAUAAUAUGGCUAGAUUUGCUAAAUUAAGUUUAUUUGCUAACACUCUCAUCCUUAUUGGUUUAGUUUAUAUAACAUGUAAGAAUAUUUAAAUUUAUCAUAUAGUCUAUAACUUUUACCAAAUAUUGGAAGGAGAUGGAAUCAAAGAGAAUGUGAUGAAUUUGGCACACUUUGAGUAAUUUCCAAUGAUUAUUGGAGUAACAGCUUAUGGUUUUGGAGUUCUACCUCUUGCUUUUGCAAUUAGGGUUACGAUGUCAGAACCAACUUAAUUCAAGAAUGUAAGAUAGAUCUUUUAUUAAUUAGCUUUUUAAUGUUGUUUCAUAUUUUAAUUUAGGAUUAUUCCUUACUUUUACAUUACUAUCAGUUUGGGGGAUGGGUAGUAGAAUGGAAAGUUAAUAAAUUAUCUUAUUUUGUCUUGAUAAAAGUCCAUUAUCUUAUAUAAUCUAAAUUUGUUAUGCUUUUGGAUUGAUCUGUUCAUACCCUUUAUAAGUGUUACCAGCAUUUUAAUAAAUAGAGAGAAUUGAAAAAUUAAAAAGUUAUAUAAAUCCUGAAUUAAAAUAUUCAAGUUUCCGUAGAUUGGCAAUUAGAUCACUUAUUAAUUUAAUACUUGGAUUGAUAGGAUACUCUAUUCCUAAAUUUGCUUAUUUUGUAAAUAUACUUGGAGCUAUAGGUGGAGCUUCUUUGAAUUUUAUAUUUCCAAUAUUAAUUCAUAAAAAAUAUUUUGAAAAAGAUGAAUUAAAAAGAAAGAGUAAAUUUACUUACUAUGGAAUUCUAACAUUUGGAAUCUGUGGAGGUUUAUGUUCAUUUAUAUAUACUAUAGUAAAAUUAACAAGUCAUUGA